AUGGGGAGUGUCAUGUUGCAUGGGCAUGAGAAGGGUUGCAAGCUUGAUGCACGCGCCGUCAUGUGUGUAUGUGUUCGGGUGGACAUGGAGAGCAAUGGAUGGCGCAUGUUGGACCCUUCUCUCAUGCGCAUUCGCAUUGCUCGGGAUGUUGAUUUUCUUGAGAAUGUGAUGUGGAAGGAUUGGGACAAGGCCAAGGGCUUUUGGGAGCUUCUUCAAGAUGCAGCUGAGAUUUCCCAGCUCCUCCCCCUUCCACUCUCGCCACCCUCAGCAGCGCUUGAUGACGCUGACAUGCCACUUUCAUCACCACCACCGGCACCGCUGAGUGUGUCGGUCCAGCAGCAGCCCGCCCCUCUGCAGCAGCUCAGCAGCCCCUCGGUCAUUCAGCGGAAAUCUGCUACCCAGGCUUCUUCCUCUUCCUUCUCCUCUGGUCAGCGUCAUGUCACUCUCUCUGCUAGUGCACCUAUGUCAACAGCGACUACCUCCCCACCGGGGUUGCAGGUGCUUGGUAUCGAGUCUGGUACAGGUGGUGAGGAGGUAGGGGGGGAUGCUGGUGGUGUUAAGGACAUCGACCAGUCUCCCUUCGCGCGGAUGUUCGACCUCGAAACCGUCCCCGAUUGUCCCGACUCUGGCGACAUGAACGCUGCAGACAAUUCGUUUCUCAACCUAGUUACAGCCGCGGCCUGGACCACCUGCAACGAUUACACCGGUAAACCCGGCGGAAAGAGCGGCGAGAAGAGCAGGGAGGAGAACGUGGGCAAUCCGGCGGCCCGGAAGCAGCUUCUCGCGGCGCUUAUGCAGGCUCUCGUGGAUUCGGCCGACGACACCGCCACCGCCGCCGCCGACGAUGAAUCCGCGGCGCUGGCAGCACGAUCGCGGAAGCGCAAGGCGUCGGAGAUUGAGGCGGCGCCCUCCGCGUCUGCGCCUGCCGAGGGCGGAAGCGAGGCGGAGGUGACGCGCGAGCUGCGCUGUGCGAUUUGUGCUGUCAUCCUCCGUGGCAGCGAACCGUCACGCCCCGCACCUGCCGGCGGCGCUGCUGGUUUUGCGGGCGCUCCCGCGCCUUCCGCCAGCGCUUACCACUCGAGCCACCACUGGCGGCAGGACGCUCGCCCAUGGCCCGCUGCAGAUGCCCUUUCGCCUGCCCAUCGCCAAAGUCCCACCUGCCGCGGAGGGACCAAUGGUGCGGCAGAUGACGACGAUUGGAUGCCGCGCAACCGCGGGCGCAAGGAUCGGCAGAUGGUGGGCGAGCGAAUCAAGGUGUUACAGGUUGGGAUUCCCGAUGCCAGCGCACAUGGGAAUACCCGAACGGUUGGAACCUCCCUUGCCUAG